GCCGACGUUACAUUCAGCUCGCGAGGGGGUGACGUCAGAGACUAGUUUUCAAUCGGAACUUGGUUCUCACUUAUUUCGGUCUUGUUUUGUUCUGAAAUGGCACCGCCUGCGAAGGCUCGGUAUGGCUGCGACCCGGCAAGGAAAUGGAGAACCACAGCAGCCCUCUGCCCUUCUUUGAAACAUACGGGUGGUGGUACGAGUGCUGCUGCGCCUCCUCUACCGCCCCCCCUCUGGCACGCUCGCCACCACCCGGGACAGAUCCGCGGGGCGGCCCCUCACCUGCCGCUCUUCCGCGGGCGACACGCAGAAGAGAGCGCCGAGCGACCCCGUUUGGUCACGGUCGUGCAUCCUAGUCCGGGCGCACCGCGGAAGGUGACGGUGCUUUUAAACCGCAGGGGCGUGAUCUCCUUUGAGCAGCUCCUACUGGACGUCUCGGAAGCGCUCGGGUUUCCUCGUUGGCACCGAUCCCGAGUGACUCGCCUCUACACGGCUUUUGCCCGAGAGGUGAAGAGCGUUGGCGACUUCUUCCACAGCGACACGGCCCUCUUGGCGCUCGGCAAAGGCCGCCCGGAGCUGAGCGCCCUGCACGAGGCGCUGGAGGAACUUUUCCCGGAGCAAUCCCGUUACCGGGCCGAAGCACUCCUGGUUUGGGAGAAGAAGCUCCGACCGGCGCCAGAUAAAGCCGCUAAGGCAGACAGCGGCUACAGUGAGGGGAUGGAGGACAAGGUUGCCACGGAAGAUAGACCGCCACCCGAGAUGGAGAAGUUGAGUAAAGGCGCAUCCGGGAAAGCCGCUCAUCAUCCAAACCACCUGCAGAAGCUGCGCGUAAGGGGCAGGGUCUGCGAGGAGAUGCCACCUGCCAUUGGUCGAUUUCAACGAGAGCAAGAGAUGGACUUUGCUCCUCUGUGUGAAAACUGCUUGGCGAGAAGAGCCAAGCAACCAAGUCCGGAGUGGAACAAUCCGUUUUCAAGAAGGGCCCCAUUGCCUCCCUUGUGCAGGAAACAAACGCGAAGUUCCCCCCAAGACUCAAAGAGCCUUCCUGCCAUCUCAAGUGAAUUCUCGGCGCUUCGCUCGGAGGGCAGCGAGGUCGCCGAGGCUGAUGUGAAUCGCCUCUAUGAAGUGGGGCGCAUCCUAGGGGAUGGCAACUUUGCGGUGGUGCGCGAGUGCCGGCGUCGCGCCGAUGGCCGGACGCUGGCCGUCAAGAUGGUGGAACGCUCGCAGCUGCUGGGCCGAGAGCACAUUCUGCAGAACGAGCUGAGCCUUCUGGCCAGCCUGCGGCACCCGUGCAUCAUCAGGCUACUGGCCCACCACCGCACGGCCGCAAGGGCUUACCUGGUCAUGGAGCUUGCCAGCGGGGGCGACCUCUUCGAGGCCAUCAGCGUACGCGGCAGCUUCGGCGAGGACGAAACGGCGGUCAUGGUGGCCGACGUGAGCGAGGCGCUUAAAUACAUCCACCGCAGGAGCGUGGUCCACCGGGACGUCAAACCAGAGAACCUGCUGAUUGUUCACGCAGUUCCUGGCAUGACCAGACUAAAACUGGCCGACUUCGGCCUCGCCAUGGUCGUGAGCGAGCCGGUCUUCACCAUCUGCGGCACACCCACUUACGUGGCACCCGAGAUUCUAUCAGAGACAGGAUACGGCGUGGAGGUGGACAUGUGGGCGCUGGGUGUCAUUCUCUACAUCCUUCUGUGCGGCUUCGCCCCCUUUCGAAGUCGGGAUCGAGAUCAGGAGGAGCUGUUUGAGAUCAUCAAACGGGGGCAAUUGCAUUUCCUGUCCCCCGAUUGGGACACCAUCUCAGAAGAAGCUAAAGGCCUGGUUUCAGGCCUCAUCCAGUCCGACCCGGUCACGAGGAUGACUGCACAGAACACGUUGCAGCACCCCUGGCUGAGGGCCAAGGUGGCCAGCUGCCAGCAGAACGUGCUGGAGUGCCACCGCAUGACCAGGACGGCGGACGAACAGCGACCUAAACCAGCACCGCUAGACAGAGAGAAGGUCCAAACUACACAGAGGGAAAACCCAUAAAUUGUGAGGCUCUCUCAAGUGCCGGCAGGCUUCAGACCUGAAGAGUUCCGACACUCCAACAAGCAACCCAUUCAAACAAGAGAUGUGUCUAAAGCAAGUUCAAUGCAGCUAACAAUCAAAAGCCCGAGGACCAAGUCUGAAUUACAAAUAAGCACGUCAGUCCGCCCUGGGGGGGGUUGCAUUGGGCGUCCUCAUAUUGGAAAGCUGGCACUUUUAACAGCCGCCUCCAAU